GCUCUUGGAAGUCCCUCCAACCAUGGCCUGGGUCUCCUUCUACCUACUGUCCUUCAUUUUCUCCACAGGUCUCUGUGCUCUGCCUGUGCUGACUCAGCCCCCGUCUGCAUCUGCCUCGCUGGGAGCCUCGGUCAAGCUCACCUGCACCCUAAGCAGUGAGCACAGCACCUACACCAUCGAAUGGUAUCAACAGAGACCAGGGAGAUCCCCCCAGUAUAUAAUGAAGGUUAAGAGUGAUGGCAGCCACAGCAAGGGGGACGGGAUCCCCGAUCGCUUCAUGGGCUCCAGUUCUGGGGCUGACCGCUACCUCACCAUCUCCAACCUCCAGUCUGACGAUGAGGCUGAGUAUCACUGUGGAGAGAGCCACAGGAUUGAUGGCCAGGUCGGUUGA